AUGGUUUCGGUGUCAAGCUAUUUUGACUGUAUUGUGAAUAUUCUCUCGUUUGAUUUCUGUCUACUUUUAGAGAACGAUAGUGAACUCCAUCUUAUUACAAAACAAACUGAACGUUUAAGCGGUGAAUGUAUUGAUUAUUUUCGUGUUGAUCCAAUGGUGCUGGCUGAUCAUUGGUUAAUUAAUGGUGGUAUCUACUAUUGGGAAGGUACGAAGAGUAUAGUCAAAUUGAAAAUUGAACAAAUGUUCUGUGAUUUACCAUUCAUAUUUAUUGGUAUUCGUUCAAAACAUUGUGAAUUAUCACGUCCAUUUUCAAUGACUUCAAAAUCAUUCUAUGGAUGGGCAGCAGACUGUCCGGCAGAUGUCUGUCUAAAUGGUAUGUCUGAGAAAGGUUACGGUGGUUUUCAUGGUAUACUAGAAGGUGAUUUAAUUGAAUUGGGGAUAAAUUCUCAAGAACAUAAAUUAGAAUUGGAUAUUAAAUGUAGAACGCCAAAUAAACAUUUUGAAAUAUCAAUUGAUUUACAAUAUUGUCCAUUUCCAUGGCAAAUACAUUUAAAUAUGUAUCAUGGUGAAGAUUGUGUUAGAGUUAUUUUAUAA